AUGUUGAUAGUAUAUGUUGAUGACAUUGUUGUGACAGGUGAUGAUAUCACAGUUGCGAGACUCAAGAAGGGAAUUUUUCUGUCACAAAGGAAGUAUGUACUUGAUUUGCUUUAUGAAGUUGGGAAAUUUGGUUGUAAGCCUGCAGAAACUCCAAUUGAUCUUAACCACAAGUUGAGUUCUACUAAAGGAGAAGUUCUUCCAGACAGGGGGAUAUAUCAAAGAUUGGUAGGUCGUCUUCUGUAUCUCUGCUUGACUAGACUUGACAUAUCCUAUGCUGUUGGAGUGGUUAGCCAAUAUAUACAUGAACCCAGGACAUCUCAUAUGCAGGCAGUUAACAAAAUUUUAGCCUACCUGAAAGGAUGCCCUGGUAAAGGGAUGCUGUAUUCCAACCACGGCCAUCUAAAGAUUGAGGCUUACACAGAUGUUGAUUGGGCAGGGUCAAUUGAUGAUAAAAGAUCUACAUCUGGUUAUUAUGCCUUAGUGGGAGGCAAUUUGAUUUCGUGGAAAAGUAAAAAACAAUCUGUGGUUGUUCGUUCUAGUGCUGAGGCAAAGUAUAGGGCAAUGUCUCAUGAAGUGUCUGAACUACUCUGGUCGAAAACCUUAUUGACUGAGAUGGGCAUCCAAGCAGAUAUCCCAUGA